AUGAAUUCCUCUAUCCUCGUCUUGCUGAGCAUUUGUGCUUUCUAUUGUGCGAAUGCACAGUAUGGAGCACAAAAUGCUCCACCGGCACAGUACUACCCGCAGCCGUUGAGUGAUAAUUACCGCCCAACCACCAACUUCUGCCAAGACUCAUUCAAGCAGGACUCGUGCGACAAGUGCUGUAAAAUGGCCGCCCGUAUCGAUGGAACCAAUAUUAAGGAGGAAUCCAUCGUCGGCUUCAAAAUGGUCUUGGAGAGACAGCCGUUGUGCGUUUGCUGCUCCCCGAAUGCUGGAUAUUGA